GAAACUUAUCCUCUCAUUUGCAUCUUCCACAAAAGCCAAUACCUAAAAACUUGUCCAUCUUCUCUUCUCUUUCUUCCAUGGAUCCUUUGACAACCUCUGUUUCUUCAACCCUCAAAAUCUCACCAUUUCCACCAACAAACCGUGAGUUCUAUUACUUCACAAGAACUCCCUAUGCACCACCCACCCGUCCUCCACAACACCAUGUCUCCUCCGCUCCCACCGUUCACAACUUGAUCCCCAAAAUCAAAACUCUAUCACACCACAAGUCUUCUUCUUCUCUAGCACCAUCCUCCUCAAACACCCCACCUCCCAAAAUCAAACCUUCACCUCCAAUAAUAUUCCACCGAAACCCUGCCACUGGUUAUGCAGCAGCUGUCAUAGACGUGGCUCAGAGCACCAACUCCCUUCACUCUGUUCAAAGGGAUGUUCAGAGGCUCUUGAAACUCCUCCAAACUGUGAACUUUGAAUCAUUUGUGGCUGACCCUUCAAGGAUUGAGGAGGUUAGAAGACAAGCUUUGAAGAGGGUGUUGGAGAAGGGAAAUUUCCACAGGCAUGUGGUUACCAUUUUGAAGAUGCUGCUGAAGAAGAACAAGUUGGGGAUUGUGCAACAAGUGUUGCAAGAGUUUGAAAGGAUCUAUGAUGAGCUUUGUGGGACUCAAGUGGUGUUGGUUUCAUCUGAGAAAAAAAUGGGGGAAGAUGAAUUGUUGGGGAUUGUUAAGAGCGUGCAGCAAAUGAGUGGAGCAGUGAGGGUGAAGGUAAAAAAUUUGGUUCCAGAGAGUUUGGCCUCUUUUGCUGUGUAAUGUGAAUUGUGUUGUGAAGUGAAAAUCACCCUUCAUCAGGAGAACUGUAAAAAUGUAACUUUACAAUUCAAUCGCAAUAUUCAAAGCUCUUAUUUUGGUUAUUUGAUUUCAUGUAAUGGAUUGGAUUUGUCCUCAUUAAUCAAAUAAAGACUUCAAUUAGCUGCAAA